UCGGAAAUGGAAACCUCCGACACCGACGGCGCGAAAUUUCAGUACUCGGAGACGGCCGCUCAUUUCCUCUUCUGUUUUUCUUUUCAAUCUCUCUCCAAAUUCAAAUUUUUUUAACAGAAAAUCUCGAUUUCUACUCUCAAAUUUCAUCUGCAACGUUCUGAUUCUUCACCAAUUUUCGAUUAUUCUCCCUGAAUUUGACCCCUAAUUUUAGAUAAGGGCUUGCAUUGCGCGAUCCUAACGAUGAGGCCUGUCAAACGCGAAUCCGCCGCCAGCAGCCGCACUAAUCGGAGUAGAGGCGGCGCUGUUGCUGUCGAUGCUGCGAGUUUAAGGGGCGUUAAGCGGGAGAGGAUGGUAGCUCGGGAGCGAGAGAAGUCCGGCGUGGAUAAUACGACUGAAGAAGAAGAGGGUCAGCAAGAGUUGUCGAAGCGGCGGGUUCUUCGCUCUCGGUACCUUGCUGUUAUUCAUGAGAUUAGCGAACGAAGAGAAGAUUUGUCGAAGGAUUUGGAUAAGUUUAAUGUUAUCAUCAAUGAGGUGGAAAAGUUGCACGAGCAAGUUCAGAAGCCAAGGGAACAAGUUGCAGAUGCAGAGGCGUUGCAAGAUAUUGCAAGCUCCCUCAUGACCUCUAUUAGGUCUCAGUCGAAUGAAGGUGUUACUCCAUCAGAUUUUGUCAGUUGUCUUCUCAGAGAGUUUGCUGACAUUAACGGUAAUAUAACAUCCGAAGAAAACGACCUGGUUUCUGUCAGUUGGAAAGAUAUUGGACUCAGUGUUUCGUCCAUUUUCAUGAAUGGCCAUGGAUGCCGCACCAUGCUUGGACCUAUGAGCAAUCAGUUGAAGCAGCGAAAAACUACUAAUAUUUCCAGGAAACGUUCCCGACCUACUGAAAGUUAUAGACCUACAGAGGUCGAAGAUAAUGUAUCUGAAGAAAAAACAGAUACAGAUAAGAACAUGGGUAUCAUGUUUGGAAUUUUGAGGAGGAACAAAACCGUUAAACUUGAACAUUUGAUAUUGAAUAGAAAGUCUUUUGCUCAGACAGUAGAGAAUUUAUUUGCUCUAUCCUUUCUAGUUAAGGAUGGUCGGGCUGCGAUAACUAUUGAUGAAAAUGGUUCUCAUUUUGUGUCACCGAAGAACGCCCCUGCCCAUAGUGCCAUUAUGUCACAUGAAGUUAAUUACAGUCAUUUUGUGUUCAGAUUCGAUUUCAAGGAUUGGAAGCCAAUGGUGGAUAUGGUACCAGUUGGAGAUGAGCUGAUGCCACACAGGAACAUACUGAACUCAGCGCAGGUGCCUCAAGCAGAAGCAUCGACGGACGAUUCUGAAGCAGCAGCAUUACCUACUACACCAAUUCGAAAGCUGUCGCGAAAUCGAGGUUUAGUUAUGCAAUCUGUUGUUGAAGAUUCUCCUGAUAAUGGCGCUCAUUCAGGAGCAACUGCAAUCUUGAGGUGUAAGAGAAAGCUUAAUCAAGGUAUGGUUAACUAGAGCUCCGAAAACUACCAUUUUUGUUCUGUUGGUUGUAUAUUUAACGGUUGCCUCGUAAAUAGAUAAUUAGGUUCGAAGAGAAAAUGAUUGGGUAACAUAGUUUCGAUUAAGUUGUAAUGAUGUUUCUGGAGUAGUACCAUGCCUUUUGGGUAGUUUAGAUCAAGCUCCAACCAUUUUGUAAAGGUCAUUCUUUGUUCCCCUUGAUACUAACCACGUAAAAACAGAGUGGCUAAUUACAGGGAACGAUAGCCCAAAGUAGGGCCAUUUUGUUUUGUAGUUUGUAAGAACCAAAGUAUAUUGCUUCUAAUUAUAAGCAUGUUUGCCUAA